CAUAAGAAGAGCUGAACUUUCUCAAUACCUCUCCAUUCCCACCUAUGGAGAUCUUUAACGUCUCCAUGUUCUUGAUCUCCUUCCUUCUCCUCCUCUUCUUAAACGUCAAGCGCUUUGCCCGCAGAGCUGAUCCCAAAUUGCCUCGUGGUCCAUGGAAGCUCCCCAUCAUCGGAAGCAUCCAUCACCUUGUUGGCUCGCUGCCGCAUCGGUCCCUGAGAGAUUUGUCAACCAAACAUGGCCCCCUCAUGCUUCUAAAGCUCGGCGAAGUCAACACCCUCGUCGUCUCCUCCCCUGAAGGAGCCAGAGAGAUCAUGAAGACUCAUGACAUCACGUUUGCGAAUAGACCGAUGCUCGUCGGCAUCAAGAUCUCGACAUACGGUGGCAAGGACCUCGUCUUCGCCCCCUAUGGCGACUACUGGAGGGAGUUGCGUAAGAUGUGUGUCUUGGAGUUACUAAGCUUCAAGCGCGUGCAAUCUUUCCGGUCAAUUCGCGAAGAGGAGGUGUUCAAUCUCAUUCGAUCCAUUUCAUCGAUGAACAAUAAUGGAUCGUCACUCGUAAACCUUACCAAGAAGCUGUUUAUGCUGACCAAUGACAUAAUUAUGAGGGCCGCCAUUGGAAACAAGUGCAAGGAUCAGAAUGCAUUACUAGUUGCAUUGACAGAAAUGGCACAUCUAUCUGGGGGAUUUGAUUUGGCAGACCUAUUUCCAUCAUCAUUUCUUGCAAGUCUCAUUAGCAGGGUGGCACCCAAGAUGAAGAUGUACCACGAGAAGGUAGACCGGAUCUUGGAUGACAUCAUUCGCGAUCACCUAGAAAGGAAGAAGGCCAGUUUGGUAGAGGAGGAUUUGCUAGAUGUCCUCCUGAGAGUUCAUGAGGAAGGUGGUCUUCCAUUUGCUCUCACCAUGGAUGCAGUCAAGGCUGUCACUUUGGACAUGCUUGCUGGGGGAAGCGAGAGCGCAUUCAGCACCUUGGAUUGGGCCAUGGCAGAGCUAAUGAGGAAUCCAGAAGUAAUGAAGAAGGCGCAAUCGGAGGUGAGGGAGGUUCUCGGCAGAGAAGUGAAGGUGACUGAAGGAGAGAUUACUGAAUUGAAUUACUUGAAGCUAGUCCUCAAGGAGACACUAAGGUUGCACCCACCAAUUCCCUUGCUAGUCCCUCGAGAGUGCCGGGAGAAGGUUGAGGUACUAGGUUAUGAGAUUCCAGAGAAGACGAGGGUAAUUGUGAAUGUUUGGGCAUUGGGGAGGGAUCCAAAAAUUUGGGACGAUGCAGAGGAGUUCAAGCCGGAGAGAUUUGAUGGAAGCAAGAUUGAUUUCAAGGGAACCAACUUUGAGUACCUACCAUUUGGUGCUGGUAGAAGGAUGUGCCCAGGGAUCACAUUUGGACUUGCAAAUAUGGAGCUUGCCCUUGCUUGCCUCCUCUACUACUACAACUGGGAACUCGCUGAUGGAAUGCUGCCCGGUGACAUGGACAUGGCUGAAUCCUCUGGAGUGGCAGCUCGUAGGAAAUCAGAACUUUGCUUACGUGCCAUUCCUUAUAUUUCUUGUCCCAUGGAAUAGAUGUUACAAGCUUGGAUGUU